AUGGCUCGCCAAAAUUUCGUGGGACUUGUAGUUUCGCAAGGUAAAAUGCUGAAGACGGUAAAAGUGCGUGUGGAGACCAAAGUGUUCAAUAAGAGAAUCAACAAAGAGCUCUUCAGCCGGAAGGACUAUUUGGUACAUGACGAAGAAAGUGUAUCGCGUGAAGGCGAUCUGGUGCGUAUUGAGGCUACAAGACCAUUGUCUAAAAGGAAGUUUUUCAGUGUAGCCGAAAUCAUCAAGAACAAAGGUCAGCAGUUUGCACAGUUCGAGUCACAGGCCAAGACCCAGGUUUUGCAAGAGGAAGCUCAAAAGAGUCAGGAGUUUUUGGCAAGACGUCAGAAUUUGGAGGAGAGCGACAAUGUGCUGCUCAAAGACAUCUACACAAUCCAAGAUGCUUUGUCGCAAGGCCGCGAUGCGCAGGAUUUAGUUGAAAUAAAGGCCCGCUAUGGGAUUGAGAACUUCACACCGGAAAGCUUAAGACAACUGCUACAACUCGACGUGUCAGCUUUGGAAAAAGACGUAGCCGCUCAAAAAUCCAAGAUCGACACCGUGCAGGCGCGGGUACGGGAGCUUCUACAAGAUGACCAAGAGUGUGACUCGUGGUUGACGCAGCGAGGCGUGGAAAGCCCAGAGGCACUGAAGCCAAGUAUAAAACGUAACCUGCUCAGGAAAUACGUCCUUCAAGAAAUUUAG